AUGACUGGUUCGCUUACAAUGUUUUAUCAAAACAAUAUCAACUUUUACCAACUCGAAUAUAUUAACCCAAUAGCUGCUGCUGUUGAAGAUUUAGGAUUAACUUUUCAACAACUAAAACAUAUUGAUUGCUCUAUUCAAGUUACUAUAUUUUUACCUAAUACUAUUACAAUUUUUGAAUUUAAUACUAAACAACAAUUUUAUCAAUCUGUUGAAGUUCCUGAAGAUAUAACUAACAUUCAUUUUCCUACACUAACUACUGAGUUCUCUUUUUCAUCAAACAGUACUGAUCUUUUAGAAGCUAAUUUUUAUACUCCUACUCUUUGUUCUAUAAUUUCUUCUACUGAUUUAACUAAUCGAGAGUCAGACACUGAUAGUAUUGAUGAAUUAGUACUAUCUGGAGCUCCUUCUUAUCUAUCUGAGGAGCUCAUUUAUUGA